AUGGCCCUGAGCCUGGGCAAUCCCCAUGGAUGGACGCUCGAGAAUGUUGCUCAAGCACCAGCAUCAGCAUCAUCCCAAUCCCAGGCGCCCGCCUCUGCUCAACUCGAGGCGCGCGAAGGCCCCGCUCCCGCUCAGUGGCAAGCGGUGAAGGAGGAAAUCAGGAUCCUUUAUGAAAAGCACCCCUUGAGAGAUGUGAGAAGAAUACUUUUAGACCGGCACAAUUUCCGCGCAACGGAGCGGAUGUAUAAAGCCCGACUGUCGCAGUGGGGAAUCAGUAAGAACUACUCGGACAAGGACUAUCAGAUAUGUGCGGUGCUGCACCACACCCGCCAAAAAAGCGGUAAACGGUCGACGGCGUUUGUGAUCCAUGGCCACAAACGCUCACUCAAGGACCUCCACAAAUACAUCAAAGGGCGGAAGAUGACCGAGGAGGAUUUCCUCGCCACUGCCCUUGCUAAUGUCAAAUGUAGUACCGCGGCCGAUCAACAACAGGAGCAAUAUGCUCAUGUCCGAGCCUAUACUCCUGAGCCUGAGGCAGAGGGCGAAGAAGGGCCACCUCCCACUCCUCCCACGAGAGGACGGCCGGCCGAGAUCGCAGCAGCAAAUGUCCAGUCGGCCAAGGACUUGCACUCGCCUACGGGAGCUGCGUCAGAGUCGGUCUCAGGCUUAGGACCAGGACCAGGACUAGGACCAGCCUCGUGUUCCACCGCCCCCACCUCCGCCUUCACCCACCAACAUUCCCCUGCUAGUCCUUCGCAGAGGUGGUCACCCCACCACUCAGCCUCGCCAUAUUUCCCACUGACCGUGUCACCGCCUCAAAGACACGGUCCUUAUCUUGCGUCCAGAGAAAGCAAUAUCACAUGCUCGUCCGACUCUUCACCGUCGUCGUCGUCACGCGCCCAUGCCGUCUCGUCUCCCCAGGAUGCACCAUUGUCGGCGGCUCUGUCAUAUACCUACCCUAUUCCCCCCAGUGAACCGCGGGCCAUCGUUGACGACCAGGUGCGCCAUGCCGGCACCGGCUGUGACACUAGCCCCACCAUGCCUUGCCACUCAUUGGGUCGAGAUGUCGAGUACAUGGCGCUGCAAAUAGUCGACGCACCGCCGUUGAAGUCACUCUGCGGCCACGACGACAUUCGGAGCUGGGCGCUAAUGUUCACUGACAGCUCGUCAGAGGAUUCGAUGGACUUUGAGCAGAUCUGUCCGAAAUGCCAUGAAUCCACCCGAGAACAUUUUAUCAGUCUCCCGAAUUUGGAGAUGCCCCAGCUACCUCGCAACAUCCUGAACGCCACCCAGGAUUUGCCAGGAAGCACGAUUUCCAUCCCCGCCAGUUCACGAGGCCAUGAACAUUCCUGGAAGUGGGUCGCUCGGUGCUUUGCCGCCUGCAUCUACCUUCGACGAGGCAACUAUACGUUAUCGCAACGGAGUCUGGUAGACGCGGACGCCGAGUUUGAGAAGAUGAUCGCCCCACAGCAGGACCCGAAAGUGUUAUUGGCGCUCAACCAGACAUUACAGAUCCUGCAGAUGCACAACCAGGGAGACAUUACCAAGACCAUCUUGCAGAGUGCGUAUCUGGUGGCAGAACGGGUGCUGGGACCGAAUGACCCCCUCACGACAAUUGUGCGUUGGAUGGUCUAUGUGGCCAACGGACAGAUGCGAGAUCGCGACAUCACGAGUCAAAAUCUCUACGAGGUGCAUGAGCUGUUUGUCCAGCGCUAUGGUCAAGAAGAUCCCCGGUCCAUCGCGUCCAAGUAUUGCUACGGAUUUAUGUUAAAUGUCGAGUGGAAGGUGCAGCAAGCGGAGCAGGUUUUGCGUGAAGUUUACAAGGUUUCGUCGAUGGUGCUCGGGCCCAAACACUUGCAGUCCAUCUCGGCCCUGACGAAUCUGCACCGCUCGCUCGAGCGGCAGAAUCGGAUCGAGGAGGCGGCCACCGUGUUGAGACGGGCGAUCAGGGACUCGAAAGACACAUUGGGCGACAACCACCCGCGGAGACUUGAAAGUUUACGGUUGCUGGCCCUGUUGUACAAACAGCAAGGGCACCUAGACCUAACGGAGGAGCUGUACUGGCAAGUCCUGGAGGGACGGAUCAAGAUGCUGGGCAAGAACCACACGUUUACGCAGGGCAUGAAGCGCGACCUGGAAGAAUUGCUCUGCGAGCGGGGCAAGUGGACGGUCGAGAAGAAAAUUGGCAGGAGAGAUGACGGGUCCGCCAAGGUGGUGCUUGUCGAGAGCCAUUCUCAACUGCGUCUGCAGGAUCUGUUCGAGUGGGAUUUGCAUGAGCAGUGGGACGACGCGAGGAGCGACGGCGGGAGCGAGACGGGGAGUGAUCACGAGGCUUUUUGA